AUCUUGGUCGGAGGGGUGAUAACCCUGACAAGUUCGGUGGUGGCCAUCGUGUACAUCAUUGGCCUGCCGUACUAUUGGAACAAAUCGCCUGUGCUGACCAGCUUCCUCAUGGUCCUGGGCCACUGGCUACUGAUCAACGUGGCCUUCCAUUUUUACAUGGCUGCGAGGACGGACCCAGGAACGCCCCCAAAGGGUAUCCUAAUCAGCGAGGCCGUUAGUGUCUGCAAAAAAUGCAUAGCCCCUAAACCUCCCCGGACUCAUCACUGUUCUGUGUGCAACCGCUGCAUACUCAAGAUGGAUCAUCAUUGUCCUUGGCUCAACAACUGUGUGGGCCACUACAAUCACCGCUACUUCUUCAUGUACAUGGUCUACAUGACUCUUGGAACCAUAUUCAUCAUGAGUCUGGGCUUCGAGAUCGCCUUCAAGGAGAUCUGGCUCGGGGGGGAGAUGGGUGCGGGACUGAGCCAUGCGCUAGAGUACAUGGAAGGGAAAUUUGAUUCGCACGAAGAGGAGGACCUGGAAGGAUACCCAGCCAAUGUCAAUGGGACGCACAUGAUUCCCGUGUUUGGAGGUACGACUGGCAUCCCUGUACCUCUAGAGACCCCAGAGGAAGAGGAGACCAAACAGAAAAAAAAUUAUUGGUAUCGUUUUGCCAUAAUGUAUACAGGAAUGUUAACUACAGGUGUGUUCUUCUCUCUCGGAGGCCUUGCGACGUGGCACGGCAGACUCAUAGCCAAUGGAGAAACCAGCAUUGAGGCGCACAUCAACCGCAAAGAGACAGAACGACUGGCCAAGAUUGAUCAGGUUUACAAAAAUCCCUAUGAUUUUGGUACAACGGAAAACUGGAAAAUAUUCCUCGGAAUGACACAUGGCAGAGGACUGCGUCAUGUGCUGCUGCCUUCCACACACCUCGCCAACGGCACUGGGCUCACGUGGCCUAAUUCCAUAAUAGCCGCUGCGAGUCAUGACAAAGCGGCAUGACAAGAUGUGUGAGCUGGUUGGAAC